AUUAUGGGAAAGGACCUGAAUUAUCCACUAUAAUAAUACCCUUCAAAUCCAGGUUUAUCUGCCGUAAAUCUUCUGUUCCUGGAACUUCCUCGUCAAAUAGGUUUUUUUAUCUCCCGUAAUUCUUCAUCUCCAUCAAAUAUUGUCAAACAUUCGUCAAGGUACCAUAUUAACAGAAACAAAUUGCCCGUCAGAAUGAAUGGGUUUAAUUAUCUAUAUAUACAUUACAUUAGCCCUUUCUUUGCUAUUAUAAACCCAAAACAAACAGAGCGGGUCAUACGUGUUGGUGAAUACUCCAGAAAUAAAUUCAUCAGAUAGGAUUGAAUUUGGAUUUGGAAUUGAAAUUGAAUUCAGAAAAAAAUGUCGAGAGCGUCGAGUAUAGGAGACUCAGCAGAACUCGAAGGAAAUUUAACGCUCAGUGAACGUUUAAAGGUCUUUAAAACCUCUAAUUUCGAUCCAGAUGCUUAUAUAAAAUCCAAAUGCCAGACCAUGAACGAAAAGGAAUUAAAGCAUUUGUGUUCUUACCUUAUUGAGCUAAAGAAGGCAUCUGCAGAGGAAAUGCGUAAAAGCGUUUAUGCUAAUUAUGCAGCCUUCAUUCGCACAUCAAAGGAGAUUUCAGCUCUUGAGGGGCAGCUGCUUUCUAUGAGAAAUCACCUGUCUACUCAGGCUGCUCUAGUUCAGGGUUUGGCAGAACGUGUUCGCAUUAAUUCACUGUGGGCUGAUUCUGACGCCCCACUGGCAGAUGACCUCUCUAAAUUUGAGAAAAGGGAACUUCCCAAAACAGAAGAUUGGUUAACAGAAUUCCUAGAAAACCUUGACGUUUUAUUGGCUGAAAAGAGAGUGGGUGAAGCUAUGGCAGCUCUUGACAAAGGAGAAGGUUUAGCCAAAGAAGCCAGUAAGAAGCACACACUGAGCUCAACUGGACUCAUUAUAUUACAGACUGCCAUUAGAGAACAACGACAAAGAUUAGCUGAUCAGCUUGCAGAUAUGACUACCCAACCUUCAACACGUGGACCAGAGCUUCGAUCUUCUGUUUUAGCUUUGAAAACUCUUGGAGAUGGUCCCCGUGCCCAUACAUUAUUACUUAAUUCUCACUACAAGAAGUUGCAGUCAAGCAUGCAGAGUCUUCGCCCAACUAAUGCAGGACCAUAUGCUGCUGCACUUUCACAGCUUGUUUUCUCAACCAUUGCACAAGCUGCAAGUGACUCCCUGUCAGUUUUUGGUGAGGAGCCUGCAUAUUCUUCUGAGCUUGUAACUUGGGCCGUCAAACAGACCGGGGCUUUUGCUCGUCUUCUUAAACGGCAUGUCCUAGCUGCAUCAGCAGUUACGGGGGGUCUAAGGGUUGCUGCUGAGUGCAUUCAAGUAUGCUUGGGACAUUGUUCUUUGCUAGAAGCUCGUGGAUUGGCCCUUUCUCCUGUUUUACUAAGACUUUUUAGGUCCAGUGUUGAGCAGGCAUUAAGUGCCAAUUUAAGAAGAAUUGAACACAGCUGUGCUGCACUAGCCUCUGCAGACGACUGGUUGCUUGCUUAUCCACCAGCAGGUGGGCGUUCUUUAACUUCUGCUUCAACCCUUAGUAAUGCAAUUUUAUCCCAGCCAAAGCUUUCAAGCAGUGCUAACAGAUUUAAUUCAAUGGUUCAGGAAAUUCUAGAAGAUAUAGGGCCCCUUGAGAGCCUUCAAUUGGAUGGUCCUGCAUUGGAAGGUGUUCUACAUGUUUUCAACUCCUAUGUAAAUUUGUUGAUACGUGCAUUACCUGGUUCAGUGGAGAAUGAAGAGCAUUUGGAAGGUUCUGGCAAUAAAAUUGUCAGUAUGGCAGAAACUGAAACCCAGCAAAUAGCUUUACUAGCUAAUGCUUCAUUGUUGUCAGAUGAGUUACUGCCACGUGCUGCCAUGAAACUUUUGCCAUCCCCUAAUAAGGAUGAGCAACCAAGAAGAGCUUCAGAUAGGCAAUCUCGUCUUCCAGACCAAAGGGAAUGGAAGAAGAAACUUCAGCGUUUAGUUGAUCGCUUGCGAGAUACCUUCUGCAGACAACAUGCUCUUGAGCUCAUCUUCACGGACGAUGGUGACAUUCGUCUCAAUGCAAAUAUAUACACGAGUAUGGAUAAUCAAGCAGAGGAGCCUGAAUGGUUCCCAUCUCCAAUAUUUCAGGAACUCUAUAUAAAAUUGACUCGGGUGGCAAGCAUAGCAACUGAUAUGUUCAUAGGUAGGGAAAGGUUUGCCACGGUUCUAUUAAUGAGACUCACAGAGACAGUAAUCCUUUGGCUUUCUGACGACCAAACAUUCUGGGAAGAGGUGGAGUUGGGACCAAAGCCUCUGGGUCCUCUUGGCCUCCAACAGUUUUAUUUGGAUAUGGAGUUUGUUUUACUCUUUGCAUCUGAAGGCCGUUACUUAUCUAGGAAUCUACAUCAAGUUAUAAAAAACAUCAUAGCAAGAGCAAUCGAUGUGGUAUCUGCUACUGGUGUAGACCCUUACAGUGUACUGCCAGAGGAUGACUGGUUUGCUGAAGUUGCUCAAAUAGCUAUAAAAAUGUUAUCUGGGAAAGCAGAUUUUGGGAAUGUAGAACGAGACGCUAGCAGCCCCACUGCAUCAUCAGUCAUGUCGCAUGGAAGUAAUUGAAGGUUAGCCAUUCAUCAAAGCUAGAAUAUUAUUGAGAGGGAUAUCCCUUGCAGUUUGCUUUUUUGGCUAGAUAUAAUACACACUGCUGCUUUGUGCUCCAUUUUCUUUGAUUCUUUUAUAUGUCUCAACAGACGGGUUAUAUGUAAUAAUAUUUUGUAGUUUUCUUCAUAGCUAGCCUCUUGUACAUGCAUAACCAUGUACUAAGGAAAUAAGGAAUCAAUUGCUGUAUUCUUCUUUGCCAGAGAUAUUAAUGAGAUUGUUCCAAUUUUGCAA